GCUUCCGACAUAUCGGCGCAAGAUGCUCGAGGUGCCGGUCAAGCCGACCUUCUUCCCGACGACGACCAUCACGAGCGCGGAUGCAAGCGCGUACCGCCAACUGGCGCGCUACGCCCUCGACGACCUCCAGCAUGCCAUGGCCACGUAUGCGUGGAAGCGCGUCGAGAGCCGCGAUGGCUUGCUCAUUGGCAAAGUGCACUGCAUCGAGCAGGACGAGCUCGAUGCCCGUGGCGGCACGCCCUGCCUCGUCAUGCGCGGUGCGAUCAACGUCCGCGCGACGGUUCCCGAGGUCCUCGCCCUCUUGGCGCCGAGCACGACGGACGAGUCGCGACGUUGGAUGCACCGGGUGCAUGCCAAGAAGUACAUUGAUGGCCUCGUGCUUGCCUCGGUAGCGAGCGAUGCCGCCAACGACGAGCUUCGCGUCAAGUGGGCCGCCUUCAAGGACGACGUCGGGCCCGCGCUCGGGCGCGACUACUGCCUCCUCGAGUACGCCGGGCUCCAAACGCCGCUUAGCGGUGGGCCACCACUUGGCUUCUGCGUCUACCACUCGAUCGACCGGCCGCGCGAAGUGCCGUCGCUCAGCACGUUUGGCUACCGUCGCGACAGCAUGCGACGCACCGGGUUUCUGAUCGUGCCGUCAUCGACGUCGCCCUAUAUGGUGCACGUGACGUACCUACUGUCGUCGUCGUCGCCGCGGGACGUGCCCAUGGACAAGUGGGAGAGUGCGCUCGCUCAGCGCUUCUCGUGCUUGAACACGCUGGGCCCGCUGAUCGCGCAGCGCCGACUGAGCCAGCUGCCGAUCGCCGACCGCGCGCUCUGGGUGCCCGACAAUCAGCGCAAGUUCUGUGCUGUCUGUCUGCAAUCCUUUCACUUUCGCCGCAAGCACCAUUGCCGGUCGUGCGGCGAGGUUGUUUGCGCGUCCUGCGCCGACCACCACACGCUGGAAGUGCCCGUGCUUGGGCUCCUGCCUGUCCGCCUUUGCAACGUGUGCAUUAGCAAAGCCAACGCCGUUCGGCCACCCCCACCGACGCGCCGCAAGAGUAUCGUUCUCCUAGAGGACAUGCAGCUGCAGCUGCCGCCACCGACGACCAAGAAGGCGUCGCUUGGGCUCCCCAUGCGUGCCAUGCUGGAAGACUUGUACCCUUCCCAGCGCGCCAUGCGACCGAUCCCGGAAGUCAUCGAUGAGACAAGUCGUGGCGUCGUGCCGCUGGACGAGCUCGUUGCUCGCAUUUCGUCAAUCAAGCUCGCCAUUGCCGGGAUUUCGCCGGCGCCAGCAUCGACAGCCGCGAUGGAGGCAUCAGCGAACCGCCAAGCUCGUAAGAUGGUGCGCGAAGGGGACGAAGGUGACGGGGAGGACGACCUGCGCGCGGACCACGCAACGCGGCUCGAGUCGUUUGCCGAUGACUUUUGCACCAAGUACGAGCACACGAGUGUGCACAGCGCGCGCACGUCGCUGCUCUCGUCGUCGCUCUCGUCCGGAUCGUCCUGUGACGAGGUCGACGCGCUCAAGCACCAAGUCGACGAGCUCCACCGCAUGCUGGAAGAUGCCAACGCGCGCCUUGGCGACUACGAGCUCGAGCAGGCCGCGCGCCACCUCAAGUACGUUGAGAGUCAAUCGGGGAAUGCCUUGAACGACCCGAUCGUCGUGCGCCGAAGAGAGACGUACGACGCGCUCUUGUCCGAGCUGCACGACAUUAUGGGUCUCGCGCCGCGCCUCGCAUAG